AUGAUUGAACCUUCAUUUCUGGAACUUACUCCUUCUUCUACAUCUACAAAACCUAGCUCUUGUGGAAACUAUGACAAUCCUUUGAAUGAAAACCAUCAUCAGUCACUUAUCAACUUUCAUGAUCUUGAUCAAAAAACCUACUCCGAAAAGGUGAUGGAUAGUAAUUCAUCACCUUCAUUUCCUGAGCCAUUGCAAACUGCCGAAGUUAAAAAUGGCUAUUUAAAUGGGGCUCCUACCGUUACGGACCAUAAUAUUACCUCACCAUCAGGACUGGUAACUCCUCCCAUUCUUCCCGGAACUACAACAGCAAAUAAUACUGAUAAUCAGCGUGCUCUUCUCGAAAACGUCGCCUCACGCUUAGCAACCUCUGUUGAUCAGAGUGAAGUUGCUCCGAUUGUUAAGCAGGAACCUGAAUUUCCUCCUUCUCGUUUUGAUCUCCCCAAAGAGCUCUCUACGCCCACUCUCCCAGACAAGUUGACUGAUCAUGAUACGCCCUCCACGGUGUCCCCUCCCGCUUCUCUCCCUGUUGCUGCAACCACAUCGACAGGUUGUGUUACUUCGGCUGCGAAAAGAGAGGAAGAGAAUGGCCUAUCACCGAUGUAUGACGACGCAGAAUAUGCUGCGGCCGCGAUAGCAGCAGUUGACAGUGUUGUCUCCGCUUUGGUAGGGAACAAAGCUCCCUCAACAUCGGCUCCCUAUGAUCCAGCCUUAAUUGGUACUGGCACUGACCGGCUCUACUCACUCAGUCUAGCUCCUGUAGGCAAAAUUGAAGCAGUGUCCCUAGUAGAUUCCACGAUUUCAGCUUCUACGCCCACUGUUCAACCCUGUACCCAUGCGAUACUCCUAACGUCGUUGACUCAAGCGAGUGCUGAGGGAUUGAGUAGCCUCUCUUGCCCAAAUUGUGGAGCUGUGGUCUCCGUGCAACAGCUCAUCCUUCAAAGACAAAGGUCAGCAGCCGAAGCGAAACAUGUUUGUGAGGCCUGUGGGAAGUGCUUUGUUAGAGAGGAUAAACUGAAAAGGCAUAUCAUGUCCAUUCAUACACAAGAGAAACCGCAUGUCUGCUCAAUAUGUACCAAGGCAUUUGCUAGAAAGUAA